AUGUCUAGUAUCACUGAAUUUUUUGCCGAGCAUAAAGCUAAACGUCAUUUACUUAAAGAGUCGCAAAAGGAUGAGGUUAUUUUAAUCGAGAACCAUCGCAGAUUCGUCUUAUUUCCAAUCAAAUAUCAUGAAGUAUAUGAUGCUUACAAGCAACGUGAAGCUUUGUUUUGGACUGCUGAAGAAUUAGAUUUUACCAAGGAUAUUGAAAACUUCAAUGGUGAAGAAAUUAGUGAAGAUGAAAAGGAAUAUAUCACUAGAUUAUUAGCAUUAUUUGCUUCCAAUGACAUGGACAAAUUAAACUUGACUGAGAACUUAUCUGCUGAAGUACAGAUCCCAGAAGCCAAAUGUUUCUAUGGUUUUCAAAUCAUGUUGGACAAUAUCCAUCAAGAAGUUUACUCUUUAAUAAUUGAUGCUAUUAUCAAGGACAACGGUAAGAGAGUUUCCAUGUUCGAUGACUUAAAGAAAUUGAGCAACAUCAAUGACAAAUUAGAAUACGCCAAGACUUGGUUUGAAAACGAGGACCAUUUAUUCGGCGAAAAACUAAUUGCUUUUGCUGCAGUCCAAGGUAUCUUCUCCCUUGCUGCAUACGCCAGUAUCUUUUCUCCAAAGGGUGGCAAGUUAUUCCCAGGCCUCCAAAAGGGUGUCCAAAACAUGUUCAGAGACCGUGCCCUACACACCGAUUUCCAAAGUUUGAUGUACGCCCAUUUGAAACAUGACGUCGACCCAGUUGUUGUGAAUAGAAUCAUUACUGAUGCAGUCAAGAUCGAAAAGGCCUCGUUAAAAGAUACAUUACCAAUUGAGAAGUUUGGUUUGAAAAUAGCCGAGAUGGAACAAUUAAUUGAACAUGUAGCCGAUUUCUUAUUGGUAUCCUUUGGUGCCGAAAAAGAAUAUAACGUGGCUAAUCCAUUCCCAUUCAUGGAAAAAGUUGCAAUUCCAGGUAACACCAACUCAUUUGCCAAAAAAGUGGCUGACUACCAUAAAGCCAGUGACAUUGCUCAGACAUCUACCAACGAGAAGAAAGACGGUGAAGCUAACUUCUCUAUGACUGAAGAUUUUUAA